AUGCCGCGGAAAAAAUCUAACCUCGAUAAUGCGUGUAGCAGAAAGGCACGACUCCAGCGUGCUCUGCGAGCUCGAGAAUCAGAGGAAGAAACUGCAGCAAGAAAUGCAGCUCAACGAAUUAGCACAGCAGAAAUUCGUAGACAAGAAUCUCAAGAACAGCGUGAUGAACGCCUGCGACAAAAUGUAUUAAGGACAAGAACUGCACGACAACAGAAUAUAGCCAGAUUUAGAGAACUCGAAAGAAAGAGGCAACAAACCAGUCGCGCAUUAACACGUGCAUCAUUCUUUCGCCUUGCGUUCGAGUAUGAACCAGACAUUAAUUACUCUGCACAUUCGAAGAUUACAAUUGGUGCGAUGAAUAAAAUAUGCCAAUAUUGCCACGCGUUGAAAUUCCGAAAUGAAACAACCGGUAUGUGUUGUGCAUCAGGAAAAAAUGUACUGCCACCUCUGCCUACUCCACCGGAACCGUUGAAAUCACUUCUUGCUGGCAAAUCAGACGAUUCGAAAUUAUUUUUACUAAAUGGAAACAAUUGGCACAAGACGAGCGGCGCCAUGAAUUCGAAAGCAGAUUACAGCAAAAUCAAGGAAGUCUACGAGGAAUGUUAUGGCGAUACAAUCAAAACGAAAAUGUUAUUUUUCUCUAGACAUAGAGUUCGGAUUAGUGAAACAGAUAUUAACGCAGCACUUACUUUAUGUGACGACUAUACUAAUAAACUAGAUGCAGCAAUAAUAGAAGAAGAAAUACAAAUCUCAGAUAUAUUUCAAAUAAAAGAAGAAGUUGAUCAUGCAGGCAAUGAACAAGAUCCACUUUAG